AUGGCCAUCCACAUUGCCAACCUCUCGGCCGUCGUCACGGGCGCGCUCGAAGCGGCCAAGGCCGUCGCCACCGAGAUGCUCCCGGCGGCCGUGACGAGGGACGCCGUCGUCGAGGCGUCGAGAGCCUCGGUGGCCUGGCUCACGAGCCACCUCUGGGCCUGGCUGGCCGUGGCGAGGGCCGUCGCCGUCGACAACCUCCCGGCGGGCACCGCGGCGGCGGCGCGCUCCGCGGCCGACGCUUCGGGGCCCUGCGUCCAAACGGCGGCCAAGCUCUUCAGCGCCCUCUACGGCUGGCUGGCCGCCGCGGUGGUCCAGAAGCUCCCGGACGCCGCCGAGAAGCUGCUGGGCGACGCGGCGGCGUGGCUCGUGCACGGCCGCGGCGGCGUCGCGGUGUACGCGACGCUGGCGCUCGCGCUCCUGGCCGUCGCCUUCCUCGGGGGCGCCGUGUGGGCGCUCACCUGCCGCUCCAUGAAGGGGCCCGGGCUCGGCGGAGCGCGCGUGCCCCGCGCCGUGUUCGAGGCCAACCCCAAGCGCUACUACGCCACCGUGCGGACCGCGCGGAAGGCGCAGCGCCGUGCCGGUGGGGCUGGUUGCAAGCUGCUUCUGGCCGGGCUUCUCGUCGCGUUCGUGGCCUACCUAGCUGCAAAGAUGCUCUACUAA